GAGGCGAGCGUUCUCCCGAUCUCGCAGGAAAUCCUUAUUAAUCUUCUUGCCCUAUUCCAGAGCUCCUCAAGGGAAGAAAUGGCUUCAGAGGAGGGACAAGUGAUCAUCAUCCGCUCCGUCGCUCAGUGGGAGGAGCUGCUCCGAAUGGCCACCGCCUCCAAGAAAUUGGUGGUGGUGGAUUUCACAGCUUCAUGGUGUGGUCCGUGCCGCCUCAUCGCUCCAGUUCUGGCAGAGAUAGCUAAGAAGAUGCCUCAUGUUAUCUUCCUCAAGGUGGAUGUGGAUGAUCAAAAGAGUAUUGCUGAAGACUAUGGUGUUGAGGCUAUGCCAACUUUCAUUUUCAUGAAAGAGGGGACGAUAGUCGACAAGAUGGUGGGUGCAAAUAAAGAUGGUCUGCAGGCAACAAUAGAUAAGCAUGCUGGUCCAGUUCCUGUCACUGCUGCUGCAUGAGUUUAUGGUUUAAGGAGAGAUAUGAGCUGAGGAUCCUUUAUUAUCUGUUUUAUUUAUGAACAAUGUUCUAGUUUCUCAUAAUAAGGUCUCCCGUACCUUAUGUUCCUACUGGUGUGCUCUACUUUGUCUCGAUGUAGAUCUGUAAAAUCUUCUGAGAAUUCUGGUUGAUUCUCGUGCAUUGAAAUUAAACUACUUGCAGGCUGAGCCUCUUUUGUGCA